AUGUGGAAAAGAUAUAGGGGGGCUAUGGUGUCGGAGAUCUUGAGUGGCGGCAUAGGUGGGGAUGGAGUCGAUGGCGUGGAGGUGGGUGGGGCUGGAAGCAUAGACAGAGGGGAACAAAGAGCUGGGGAAGAAGAUAGAGAAACAAAGAAAGAGGGAGACAGAGAGUACCUCGAUGGCUUCGGUGGGUCUAGCUAG